CGGCAACAGCGCUAUUUGUUUACAUCCCAGCUCCAAAAGAUAAGUUGGAAGCUGUCUUAUUUUCCUUUAAAUUUACAAGUUGGGACCAAGAAAUACAACGAUGGGUGACGAGGAAAUUAUUAGGCGUCGGUUGAUGAUUGACGGAGAUGGGACUGGAGAUGCUCGUGUGAUGAUGAUGUUUAUGAAGUCUUUCAUCAAGUGGUGCUCUACUGAUGACUCUCCACAGGAAUGCCAGAACCAGUUUGACCGUCUCCUCACACAGCUAGCAUCCAUAGAACAUUCUUCACUUAAAUGGAAGGCAAUUGUUGACAUGAAUCAGGAGGAGAUAAAACAUUAUGAACUGCUAAGAGAUGAAACCAGCAGAAGUGUUGAAGAUGCUUAUGUAGCUAUUGGUAUUGCCAAACAAGAAUUAGAGGAAGCCAGGCAGGUGCGACGGAACAGGCUAGAGUAUGAUGCCCUGGCAAGACUGAUCAAGGAACACCCACCACGUUCAGAUACGGCUAAUAAAUUGGCACACCUUACACAGCACCUACAUUCUCUCAAGUCUAAGAGAGACCAGCUGGAGGAGAAGCUGAGCCUGAGACGGAAGCAGCUGCAUGUCCUGGUGACUGCACUCCAUCAGCUUCAGCAGACGCUCCUGCAUGACAACUCGCCAUCGCAAGACGAGGAACCAACCCUUGUUGAUGAGAUCAUAGACUUGACGAAAGCACCAGCAACUAUAGAUCUGACUGGUUCUGGGGCGGCAAUGGAUACGACAUAGGGCCAAGGGAUUUAUUUUUUAUUUUUUUAUUUUUUAAGAAAGGAAUAAGGUGUUCAUUUUCCAUAUUGCUUUUUCUGUCAUCAGCCAUUGUUAUCAUUAUGGAUACUUUUAGCAUAUGAGUGAAUAAUGGAAUGAAAUAUGAAAAAACUUAUAUAGUAAAUAAAGCUAAAUGUUUAAAA